CAGCUAUCACGACUUGCACAUUGAAGAAUGUCACCCUUGACUGAGGCCAAAUCUUCUAUAUAAGCUGGCCUCUCCGUCGCCUUCAACUCAACUUUUCUCAUCAGCACUCACCAUUCAAACCAUUCAACAAUCAUCUACUUGAGCCCCCAGCUCCGAUCACCACUCCAAACACUCAACAACUUUUGACAAGUUUUUCCAACACAAUCCAGCACAAUGUCUGCCCCUACUUCCACCACUUCUCCCCCUCCCACUUCUGAGCUUCCCUUUGCCAACCUUCCCUCUUCUCCUGCUCCUGUUCGCAACUCUACCGCUCUGUCUAAGCCCGCCUACGCCUCUGACUCUGACUCCGAUGGUCAGGCUCGAGGUGGUCGCCGCAGCCAGAGGCAGCAAUUCGUUGUUCCUCUGCCCACCUCCACUGGUCUCUCCCAGCCUGCUGGUCAACUCCUCAAGGGUGCCACAGACGAGAACGGUGCUCAGAAGUCCGCUGCCCUCCUCGUUGGUAUCAAGCUCGACCUCGAGGCCGAGGUUCACCUGACUGCCCGAGUCAAGGGUGACAUCGUUGUCGGUCUUUACUAGACAGGGGUGGAUUCCAACACUGAGACUGUACUUGGUGGUAGGUCGCAGGAUACGGCUGGUGGCCAUGUGAUGAUAUAACGAGAAUGGCGAACGCCCGAGCAAUGCCCAACAAUUGACGGGCUGUCAAGAACGGAUGGGAUUUCCUUUUUUGGGACUAGCAUAGGAAACUUCUGUAGCUUG